AAUUUUACCGUGCCUCAUUAUUUUUUUUAAUAUACAGAAGAAACGAGAGAAGGAAGAAUGUUUUAGAAAUAAAGGAACUUCAUGGGCAAAGUCACAGUGCAAGACAAGAGGAGACCAAGGGCAAGAUUGCUUGGGAAGUGAAGACUCCCUUCAUCAGCUCUCCUGAGAAGCUGAGAUAAAGGGGGAGGAGAAGCCUGGGUGCCCUCCACUGAUAAGCAGUCUCCACCCAGAGGCCAGUCCGGUGUGUCUGGGGACAGGGGAAAGAGCAGCAGAAGUGCCCCUUCUGUGGGGUGGGGGCAGAAGGGGGACCGUUUCCUGGAACCCCAGUUCUCCGAAUCAGCACCUAGAGUGGAAUCAGGCAGGAUUCUGUGGCCACAGAGGACAGACAGAUGAUCUCUCCAGAAGAGAGGCUGCCUGUGGAAGGGAGCAGGCCAUGGGCAGUGGCCAGGCGGGUGCUGACAGCUAUCCUGCUUUUGGGCCUGCUCCUUUGUUCUUCUGUGCUUUUGUUCUACAUCUUCCGGAACUGUGGCCCUCGCCCCUGUGAGACAUCUGUGUGUUUGGACCUCCGCGAUCAUUAUCUGGCCUCUGGGAAUACCAGUGUGGCCCCCUGCACCGACUUCUUCAGCUUUGCCUGUGGAAGGGCCAAAGGGACCAAUAAUUCUUUUCAGGAGCUUGCCAAAAGGAACAAAAACCGACUUCGGAGAAUCCUGGAGGCCCAGAAUUCCCGGCACCCAGGCUCUGGGGAGGAGAAAGCCUUCCAGUUCUACAACUCCUGCAUGGAUACACGUGCCAUUGAAGCUGCGGGGGCUGGUCCCCUCAGACAAGUUAUUGAGGAGCUUGGAGGCUGGCGCAUCUCUGGUAACUGGACUUCCUUAAACUUUAACCGAACGUUGAGACUUCUGAUGAGUCAGUAUGGCCAUUUCCCUUUCUUCAGAGCCUACCUGGGACCUCAUCCUGCCUUUCCGCACACACCAGUCAUCCAGAUAGACCAGCCAGAAUUUGAUGUUCCCCUCAAGCAAGAUCAGGAACAGAAGAUCUAUGCCCAGAUCUAUCGGGAAUACCUGACUUACCUGAGUCGACUGGGAACCCUGCUGGGAGGAGACCCAAACAAGGUGCAACAACAUGCCUCCUUGUCCAUCUCCAUCACUUCGCAGCUGUUCCAGUUUCUGAGACCCCUGGAGCAGCGGCGGGCACAGGGCAAGCUCUUCCAGAUGGUCACUAUCGACCAGCUCAAGGAAAUGGCUCCUGCCGUCGACUGGUUGUCCUGCUUGCAAGCGACAUUCACACCGAUGUCCCUGAGCCCCUCUCAGUUACUCAUGGUCCAUGACCUGGAGUAUUUGAAAAACAUGUCACAGCUGGUGGAGGAUCUGCUGCUAAAGGACAGGGACUUUCUGCAGAGCCACAUGAUCUUAGGGCUGGUGGGGACCCUUUCUCCAGCCCUGGAUAGUCGAUUCCAGGAGGCACGCAGAAAGCUCAGCCAGAAACUGCGGGAACUGACAGAGCAAUCAGCCAUGCCUGCCCGCCCGCGAUGGAUGAAGUGCGUGGAGGAGACCGGCACCUUCUUCCAGCCCACGCUGGCAGCUUUGUUUGUUCAUGAGGCCUUUGGCCCGAGCACCCGAAGUGCUGCCAUGGAAUUAUUCACUGUGAUCCAAGAUACCCUGAUCACUCGCCUCAGAAAGCUUCCCUGGAUGAAUAAGGAGACUCAGAACAUGGCCCAGGACAAGGUCGCUCAACUGCGGGUGGAGAUGGGGGCUUCGGAAUGGACCCUGAAGCCAGAGCUGGCCCAACAAGAGUACAGCGAUAUACAACUUGGACCCAGCUUCCUGCAGUCUGUCCUGAGCUGCGUCCGGUCCCUCCGAGCUAGAAUUGUCCAGAGCUUCUUGCGGCCUUUCCCUCCGCACAGGUGGCAAGUGUCCCCCUGGGAGGUCAGUGCUUACUAUUCGACAUCUGACCAUGUGGUAGUUUUUCCAGCUGGACUCCUCCAACCCCCGUUCUUCCACCCUGGCUACCCCAGAGCCGUGAACUUUGGCGCUGCUGGCAGCAUCAUGGCCCACGAGCUGUUGCACAUCUUCUACCAGCUCUUGCUGCCUGGGGGCUGCCUGGGCUGUGACACUCAUGCCCUCCAGGAAGCUCUCCUGUGCCUAGAGCGCCAUUAUGCUGCCUUUCCAUUGCCCAGAGGAAGCUCCUUCAAUGACUCCCUCACGUUGUUGGAGAAUGCUGCAGAUGCUGGGGGGCUAGCCAUUGCGCUGCAGGCAUACAACAAGAGGCUGUUAUGGCACCAUGGGGAGACCGUCCUGCCCAGCCUGGACCUCACCCCCCCGCAGAUCUUCUUCCGAAGCUAUGCCCAGAAGUCAGAAACCAGGCGGGAGAAAAAUACUCCGAAGUGAGAACAGAGAAGAGGGAGAAAUGUCAAAAAUAUCUCAUGGACACAAGAAAAGGAAAGAAUCAACAAUUGGUGACCUGGUGCGUUUCCGCCCAGUGGACCACAGAUUGGACAAUAAAGCAGUCUAGUUAGAGACGAGAAGGGCUGGGAUUAAGUGUCGGAAAGCGGCUCCCAAUUUUCUCAGGAUUUUAUUGCUAUUUGAUUGUCAUUGCCUCUUCCUGCUAAUCUGCUGUCCUGAACAAAAGCAGGGGAGCUGUGGGAGAGGAGGACGUGGGUCUGCUGUCUCUGGUCCCGGGAGAUGAAACUCUGAGCCCAGGGAGGCAGUCAGUUGGCAUUGCCGGCAACUGGUGUCUCUCCUGCUGAACCCUGAGGUACAGUGAUGGUGAUGAGAGGCAGAGAGCCAUGCCUGCAUCGCCUCUGGGAGUUGUGAGCUGGAGCCUGUGGGGGGAGGGGGUCAGCUAGUGAGCGUGAAGCAGAGGUAGAUAUCCAGGAAACAGGCUAACUCACUGGCAGCCUCAAUGGCCCUCCCAAGGAAACCGUGAGGCUGGCCAGACUAAAGCAGAAGCCGAGGUGAAAAGGGUGGUGGUGAACAGCGGCCGUCUCGGACGUCUCGUCGUCUUCUUGCUGGACCAUGUCCACCGCCUGCCACAUCUCCCCCACUGAGGAGGCCACAAAGUGCUCUUCGAACUCUUCUUGAUUCUGCUCUGGAACAGGGGAAAAGGACGAGGACUGAGCCCUGACCCUGGCCUGAACCAGAGAGGAGAAGUUAGAAUAGGAAAGCCCAGGGCUGCAGCCCAAUUGCCCAUAUCCUUGACCUUGACCAGACAGUGGAUGCUCUUUCUAGAGGUUUUUUCUGAUCCGUGUUCAACCACAGCCCACAGCCACAGGUCAAACACACACACACACACACACACACACACACACACACACAUACACUCUUCCUAAGGCUAGCUCCCUCCUCUAGGGUUUCAACACUGGGGGAGUCAGGGAUCACCUUGAAGCAUGACAAAAGCCAGCCAAAUGCACCACGCUUACACACACAGAGGUUGCGUGCAAGUUCAGCUGGCCCAUAGUGUGCCCUGACACUAUUAUUUCACACGGUAACAAUCAGGGCUGGAGUUUCCUCCCAUAACCCAGACCCAGGUCAGGUCUCACCCUAGCCUCAUCAGUGGCCUGGGCCCGGCCUCACACAGACCUGACCCUGAGCCUCCAGACUCUCCCGUCUUUUUUUUCUACCUACCAGCAAAGGUUGUUUUCUCUGUCUGGCUCCUGUCUUUGGGGCCUGGGCUCCCCUUCACAGGCUUCACCUGCAGCAGCAGCAAGAUGGCAACCAGGAAUGCUGCCCUGCAGAGCUGGCGGGCCAGGGGAGGCAUGGAUCUGCCAACCCACUGCCUUUGGCCGCCCCCUGCUCCCAGUGCCCAGCAGGCUACCCGCACCUCCUGCCCCAUUCCUGUCCUGGCCCUGAUCCCUUUCAAGGGCUGUUUUCUCCCCUUCCCUUCCAUGGGACCCCUGACUUCACAUGUUCUGUGACAUCACAACCGUAGGCCCGACCUUCACUCCAGCUCCCUAGAGCAUUCCGUUGCCAGGCAUGAGAAUGGAGCACAGCCAGCAGGGAUGGCAGAGUCUUCCAAGAUGACCGCAGUGGGUCAUCCUGUAUUUAGCAACAGAAAUGACCUAAGAAUUUGGAAUGUACAUUCACAUCCAUUAGAUCCACGUAGCAACGAGGACUGCAAAAUCAUAGUGUUGCCAUACUUAUUACAUGCAUGAGGAAACUAAAACUCACUGAAAAAAUGACUCACCCAAAAUCACCCAAAUAUUAAGGGGCAGAAAAGGACACUUGGUUAACUUUUAUUUUAAAAUAUGAUAUUUUCCCACUAUUCCACACGGCCUUUCUUUCAGAAGAAUAGUUUGCCUAGGAUGAGGUUCAGAACAGAUGUGCCAGCCAGGAUUCUCAAGUCAUGGGGUGAACAUGCUGCUUUACAUGAAGCAUGGGUCUGCCAGAAAAUAAAGAUGGGGAG